UAAUAAAUCUUAACGUCUAUCAAUAUAUUUGUAGCUCCUACUAAAACGCAAUCAGUUGUACAUUUUCCCGUGCGAGUUCUAAUGGCAAAAACUUGCUUGUUCUUUGCACUAGUACUUGCAGCACUUAUCAGCACUUCUUGCAUCCUUUGCUCAUCUACUGACCAAUCUGCACUUCUUGCCUUCAAAUCGUAUAUUACUGAUGACCCGAUUCAAAUUUUGGCCAAGAACUGGACUAGAGGAUCUGAUAUGUGCAGCUGGAUUGGCGUCUCCUGCGACGCCAGUCAAGAACACGUGACUGCCUUAAAUCUGUCUAUGAUGAGUUUUAAGGGCACCAUUGCUCCGCAUAUUGGAAACCUCUCGUUUCUGACCUCAUUAGACUUGAAAUCCAAUCAGAUUUCAGGUUCAUUACCGAUUGUUUUGUUUAACAUGCCUGCAUUAAGGGUCAUUAAUUUAUCAGACAAUGCUCUGUCUGACAAUCUACCUGUCAAUAUGUGCUCCAACCACUCUAGGUUGAAAGCACUUUACCUUUCUUCGAAUCAGCUUCAUGGUGAAAUUCCAGCAAGUUUAUAUUCAUGCAGGGAGCUUCAGUAUCUUUCAUUAGAAAACAACACAUUUGACGGAAGACUAGCUAAAGAAAUUGGAAACCUGACGAAUCUCAAGCACUUGUAUCUCGGUACAAACGUUAUCCAUGGUGAGAUUCCACUGCAGAUAGGUAAUCUGAGAAGUUUGGAGCAUCUUAGAAUGGGAAGUAACUUCCUGACAGGGCCUGUGCCAUCAACUCUUUUCAACAUCUCUUCAUUAGAAACCAUUAAUUUGAGCAGAAAUAAACUCUCAGGGGUCCUGUCAUCUGAUAUACAAUGGAAUCUUCCUCUUCUAAGAGAUCUCAAUCUACAAACCAAUCUAUUAACUGGUCAGAUUCCAUCUGGCUUGUGGGGAUGCAAACUACUUCAAAUGUUAUCGCUGGCAGAAAAUAGUUUCACAGGAAGCAUUUCCAAACAAAUUGGAAAUCUUACACUGCUUAAAGGUUUAAACCUCGAUACCAACAACUUCACAGGGGUGUUGCCAGCUGAAAUUGGCUAUCUUAAUCUAGAGCUACUUUUUGUUCCCUCAAACAAGCUAUCAGGUGAAAUACCUUAUGAAGUUUUCAACAGUUCAACAUUGAGAAUCAUUACCUUGCAAUUCAACCAAUUCUAUGGCCAUCUUCCCAGAGGCAUUGGGCUUUGGCUUCCCAAUCUUGAGGAAUUGUAUCUUGGUAACAACAGGCUCAGUGGUUCUAUCCCAGUCUCUUUGUCUAAUGCUUCUAAGCUUACCAUCCUUGAAAUGAGCACCAACCAAUUUAGUGGCUACAUACCCAAUACACUUGGCAGUUUAAGAUCCCUGAGGCGGCUACAUCUUGGAGAAAACAAUCUGACACGAGAAUCAUCUAGUACUGAGUUGAGAUUUUUCUAUUCAUUAACAAACUGCAGAUAUUUGCAGGUGCUUGAGUUAUCAAUGAAUCAAUUUCAUGGCUCCCUUCCUGCAGUAGUUGGUAAUCUCUCAACUUCUCUCCAAAUAUUUUCAGCAUUUAAUAGUAGAAUCAAAGGUGAGAUCCCAAUUGGUAUUGGAAACUUGAGCAGUUUGAAUAUGUUAACUCUAGAUAGUAAUGAGUUGACAGGCAUCAUUCCAAGCACAAUUGGAAGAUUGAAAUAUAUGGAACGCAUUUAUCUUGAACACAAUAAACUGAAUGGAUCUGUUCCGUAUGAAAUUUGUUUGUUGGAAAAGCUGGGGGACUUGUAUCUGAGUGAUAACCAACUUAGUGGAUUGAUUCCAGCAUGCUUGGGAGAGCUACCAUCUUUAACAAGACUAUACUUGGAUUCAAACAAGUUAACUUCCAACGUGCCAUCAACCUUGUGGAAAUGUGUAGAUCUUAUUGGACUAAAUUUGUCAACAAAUUACCUAUCUGGAUAUCUACCGUCAGAGGUUGGAAACUUGAGGGCGAUAACUGAAAUGGACUUCUCUUGGAAUCAGUUCUCAGGCAAUAUACCUGCCACUAUUGGAGGUGCUCAAUCUCUGAAUUAUCUCGUUCUGUCUCAUAACAAACUAGAAGGGCCUAUUCCUCCAUCAUUAGGCAACUUGAAAGGCUUAGAAAUUUUGGAUAUGUCUAAUAACAAUUUGUCAGGAAAAAUUCCUAAAUCCUUGGAGUCACUCAGGUAUCUUCGAUAUUUUAACAUCUCCUUCAAUGAACUUGAAGGAGAAAUUCCAACGGGAGGUCCAUUUCAAAAUUUCACUGGUCAGUCAUAUCUGCAAAAUGAUGGUAUAUGUGGUGAACCAAGAUUGAAAGUCCGAAUGUGCCCAGCGUCAGCUACUCAGAAGGAAUCAGGAUCAAGAAACAUUGCUUUCUUAAAGUAUACUUUGCCCCUUAUUGUUGCAGCAACACUCUUAGUGGCUGUAGCUUUUUUACUAAAAAGAAGAAGAAAUCAAAAGAUCAUCUUGACACAAGAAGAUUCAUUGCCUCAUUCUUUGAGAAGGUUUACUUAUCAUGAGCUUUUACAAGCAACAAACGGAUUUGGUGAAAGUAACCUACUUGGAGUAGGAAGUGUUGGAUCCGUAUACAAAGGAGAACUUCUGGAUGGAACUGUUGUUGCAGUGAAAGUGUUCAAUAUGCAGUUUGAAGGAGCUUCAAAAAGUUUUGAUGCAGAAUGUGAAGUACUGCGUAAUGUGAGGCAUAGGAAUCUUACAAGACUAAUUAGCAGUUGCACUCACUUGGACUUUAAAGCCUUGAUACUGGAGUGGAUGCCUAAUGGGAGCCUUGAAAUAUGGUUGCACUCUGAGAAAUACUGCUUGAACUUUUUACAGCGCUUAAACUUAAUGAUAGAUGUUGCAUCAGCCUUGGACUAUUUACAUUGUCGCUGUUCAACACCAAUCAUACAUUGUGAUCUGAAACCCAGCAAUGUCCUAAUUGAUAAUUAUAUGAUUGCACAUGUUUGUGACUUUGGUAUUGCCAAACUCUUAGGUGAGCAGGAAUUUCUGGCGCAAACUAAGACCUUGGGAACAAUCGGAUAUAUGGCACCAGAAUACGGGAUGGAAGGAAUAGUAACUGCAAGAGGUGAUGUUUACAGCUAUGGUAUCUUAUUGUUGGAAACAUUCACAAGAAAAAGACCAACUGAAGAGAUGUUUUCUGGUGAAAUGAGCUUGAAAGAUUGGGUAAAAGAAUCCUUAAGUAGCUCUGAAGUUUUGGACACCAAGCUGAGAGAAAGAAACGACAAGUACUUGCCUAUCAAGAAUCUAUGUGCAUUGUCCAUCUUUAAUUUGGCAAUGGACUGUUUGAGGAAUUCACCUGUUCAGCGUAUUGAUAUGGAAGAUGUUUUGAACAAACUAUACAAAAUAAAGACCUUGUUUCUGGAACAAUGCCAUUUGAUUGAUAGUGAGGUCAAUGACUAUGAAGUGUAAGCUAAUGUAGCAAGUAUGUGAGUAUUUUUCUAUCACACAAACCUGCCCGAGAACAUUAUUAGUCAGUCUUGUAGAACAACAUACUCUCUCAGUUACAGAGAGGUGAAUGUAACUUCAAAAAAAAUAUGAUUGCAUGGAGCAGAUUUGCAGUUUGUAAGAA